UUUUGAUUAAGUUGAUAGUACUGUCUUUGACAUCUGUGUGAAAUUUCAUGUCAUUUUCUUCAUUUGUUUAAUAGUGAACGCUUUUUGUGAAUAUCUAAAAGUAUUUUUUUCGAUUUUUACGAUGUGUGAUUCUGUUGGGCAAAGAAAUUGUAUUUUAUUUUGUUUGCGGAAUGAAAUUUCUGCUACUGAAACGUUCAGAAUGUUGCAGAAGGCUUUUGGUGACCAGGCUCUAUCAAGACCAAGAGUAUUUGACUAGUAUAAAAUGUUGAAAGAUGGUCGAGAAAGCGUAGAAAACGAACCACAUCAAAGACGAUCAAAAACAUCAACUGAUGAACAACACGUGAAGCAAAUCAAGGAUUUGGUGCUCCAAAAUCGUCGAUUGACAAUUAGAGAACUUGCCGAUACUGUAAACAUUUCAUUUGGAUCAGUUCAGACCAUUUUGAAAGACCAUUUAUGCUUGAGAAGAGUCAAAUCUCGUUUGGUUCCGAAAACACUCAAUUUUUUUAAAAAACAGCGUCGCGUUGAAGUAUGUGAAACAAUGAUUUCUGACUACCAGGACAAGAUGAAACGCAUGAUAACUGGAGAUGAGACUUGGAUCUGCGUACGACCCGGAAACAACCGACCAAUUGAGCGAAUAUCGUGCAAAAGACAUCGUCAGGUAUAGUCGUAUAUUUUAUGUUUCUAAGAAAAAUAAAAAAAAAGGAGAUAUGAGCGGAUAGCAUAAUCUCCUAGCGAAAAGUGGUUGGGGAUCGAACCCAAGCUUUUCGCACGACAAAAAGCUUAACAAAAAAGAUCUAAGCAUUUCGGGAAGGAGUUCGGAGUUCGCAGAACUCUCCAAGGAUUUCUUGGUGCGGAAAUCUGGAUAUUGGAAAUUUGUGUCAUGGCGCUCUGGGAAGAGUGCGCUGAAAUCUGGGGGUGACCCAGAUUCGGAUGGUCUAAUCGGGGAAUAGGACAGAGGAGAUAUGCACAAUGAAUAGGGUCAUGCUGGAACAACUCGUGGUUUCUUCAGCAUAAAAUCCUCGGAUGUCCUAGGCGAGAGGUAGUUGGCUGAUCGACGAGCUCGCUUGUUGCGACGAUAACGGAGCCUUCUUCAGGGCUC